AUGAAUCUAUACGAGAUUCUUGAAGUCCCAACUGACGCUGACGUUGCUGCUAUUGAGAAAGCUUUCAGAAAGCUCUCAAGAAUAUUUCACCCGGACAAAGCGAACAUAUCAACAAUCCCGACCGGCCGCGCGGAGACAAAGGCAGAAAAAGAAGCUCGCGAACGGCGUAACAAUGAAAACGUAAGGAAUAUGAUCGCCAGCAAAGAAAAAAUUCAAGGCCAUCAGCGUCAAGUUCAAGUGAAACAAAAGGGCACCGAUCACGUGGCAGUCGACCCAGAGCUGGAUCGAGCAGAACUUCGGACAGCAGAACUUCAGACAGCAGAACUUCAGACAGCAGAACUUCAGACAGUAGAUCUUCGGGCAGCAGAGCUUCGGACAGAAGAGCUUCGGACAGUAGAGCUUCGGGCAGCAGAUCUUCGGGCAGCAGAUUAUCCAGAAUCAUCCAACUAA